CAGCGGCGGCAGCAGAAAGUAGAUCCGAACAGUCUCCUCUCAUGUCAACUGUCAUUGUCCGCGUCGCUCCGCCCCUCGUGUGUGAGUCCGGCGCGAUAAGGGCAGCUCCGCUCCUCCUGCAGCCGAUCAGCUGGACUCCUUCAGGGACGCAGAGGAGGCAAGAAGCCGGAGGGAGGGAGGGGGACGCAGGCAGAGAAGCGCCGGAGCGACCCGAGCACAGCCAGCCGGAGCAGCGCAGCAGAGGGCCCGGUGUGGCCGCACCAUGUCCUUCAGCCCAAAGCACUCCACCCCCUUCUCAGUCACCGACAUUCUGAGCCCGAUGGAGGACAGCUACCGGAGGUUCGGAGGCAUGGAUCCCGCCGCGGGGAGCCUCGGGUCCCCGCUGGGCGCCUACAGGCAGCCGCAGGUCUCCCAGCCCGGUACGCAGCAUCAGCACCAGCCGCAGCAGCAUCAGCCACCUCAUGUCCACCAGCAUCACCACCACCACCAUCAUCACCACAUGUCCUCAUCUUCAUCCUCCUCCUCCUCUUCCUCAGCCUCGGCCCCCGCUGCAGCCGCCCUGGGACCCGGCGGGCCCUACCACGUGCCCCACGGGGUCCCGCAGUUCUCCGGGCCCGUCGGAGGAUUCUGUAACGGCGGCAUCGGGAACGUGGGCGAGCUUCCGUCGUACCAGGACACGGUGAGAGGCGGAGGAGCGGCGGCGUGGUACAGUAACCCGGAGCCAAGAUACCCGACGAUUUCCAGAUUCAUGGGCCCCUCCGGCGGGAUGAACAUGUCCGGGAUGGUGGGCUCUCUGGCCGGGAUGGACCCGUCGGCCAAGUCCGUGGUGGCGCUGCACGCGGCGCCGCGCAGGAAGCGGCGGGUGCUCUUCUCUCAGGCGCAGGUGUUCGAGCUGGAGCGACGCUUCAAGCAGCAGAAGUACCUGUCCGCCCCGGAGAGGGAGCACCUGGCCGGGCUGAUCCACCUCUCCCCGAACCAGGUGAAGAUCUGGUUCCAGAACCACCGAUACAAACUCAAGCGACAGUCCAAGGACAAGGCCGUGCAGCCGGACGCGGGAGGAGGAGGCGGCGGCGGCGGACUUUGCUCAUCGACGCGCCGCUCCUCCUCCUCCGUGUCCCCGGUUCUGUCCAAGACCGGUAAGAGCUGCCGCACCGACUCCGACGGCUCCAACCAGACCGGGAACCGACAGCGCAGCUCGCGGGAGGUGAUCACACCGACCCCGCAGCAGCAGCAGCAGAUGAACCACAUGUCGUCCACAGAGGAGCUGGAGGACUUGUCCCCCAGUCCUCCGAUGGGACUUCACGGUCAGAUGAACAUGACGCAAACGGACGCGGCGCUCAUUGAAUACACCAACAGCAUGAUCGGCUCCAAUUUACUGUACGGGAGAACUUGGUAGGGACACCGGGAGGUGGACACCGGGAGGAGGACACCGGGAGGAGGACGAGCGGGAUCGGGCCUGUGAGGGACAUUCCCCGGACUGGAUUCUUUGGAGAAGAGACUUUUUCUUUCCGUGCGUGAAGCUGCGGUUCUGUUGGGACUCAGAGGACACGGUGCGAAAUCAAGUGUAAUUAGAGACUGAUCUGAAUGUUGCUGAUGAUUUUCUCUUUGUCUUUUUUAUAAAAACUAAACCAUCUGAUCUGAGGACACUCGGGAUGUGAACCCUUCCUACAGAGAAAUAAAUUAUUGCAGGUUUAUAUGUGGAGUCAAUACGAAGUGACGCGAUAGAAGCCGAUUUAAAAACAAAACAGUCAGCGGCUGUUUGUCCAUUCGAAAUAAUCCAGUGGAGUUUUGGUCCAAAGUCAAAGUCAUGAAAUAUUCUUUGUUUGCAGCUGAUUUCGUUUUGAAUAAAAGAUAUUUUCAUUUUGAA